UACAUCCAUAUCCCUCACUCAUAUCUUCCUAAAACUAAAACUCCUUUGAAGGUGUUUUAGAUUGGAAAUUAAACAAGAUGUUAGAGAAAAAGAUUGUAUCACUUAAGAAACUAGUGAAAAAGGUGAAGGUUGUAGUUAGAGUUGACCGCGACACUGCGAAUAAUAAGUUAUUGAAGGAAUAUGAAGAAGAAGAAGAAAGAAGACAUCCAAUUGUCAAGAAAAGUGGUGUUUUUGCACUAUAUGUUGGAGAGGAACGACAAAGGUAUGUUGUUCCAACUAGCUAUCUUUGUCAUCCCUUAUUUAAGAUGUUGUUGGAGAAAGCAUACAAUGAAUUUGGGUUUCAACAAAGGAAUGGUUUGGUUGUUCCAUGUAGUGUUUCAGCUUUUCAAGAAGUGGUUAGUGCUAUCGAAUGUAACAAUUGUAAGUUUAACAUGGAAAAUAUUUUUGAUGAAUUGAUUUGAUGUAAGUGAAUAUAUCAUUCAAUAUAGUGAUGAUCCUUAAUUUUUUAGGGGUUUAGAACAUAUAGUCUAGCUAUAAUUUGAUCACAUAUUAAUCUUUAAGGAUUACAUUUGUUUUUUUCGAAAUCUUUAAUAUUAAAAUUGUUACGCAAGAAUGAUUUCACAUGAUUACUUAUAUAGAAGCAUAUACUAGUGCAUAUGUCAUUUCAAAUUUACAAUAAA